GCGCGCCCACAAGGUCCUCUCAACAUGAACGGCGCGUCCACAAGCAAUGGGGCCCCUAUGGAAGUUGGCAAUCACGAAAAGCGGCCACAAUCAUACGAGACAAGCAGGGCCGUCGGUUAUGUCUUCUCACCCGAGAUGCUGGGACACAGUAAACCGGAAGGACACGAAGAACAACCAGCGCGCAUCACCCGGAUAUUCGAAGCUCUGCAAAGGUCCGGGUGCAUAGAAGCAAUGAUACGCCUGAAAAUACGCCCAGCUUUGAAGGAGGAGGUCAUCCUUGUGCAUAGCGAGGAUCAUUGGAACAAGGUUAUGGCCUUCCAGUACAUGACUGACCAACAAAUCGCUGACUCCGCCAAUUUCUAUGAGCAUCUGUCUCUGUAUGUUUGUCAGUCAACAACGCUCGCGGCAAGGAUGAGUUGUGGGGGCGUGAUAGAGGCAUGUCUGGCGGUCGCUCGGGGCGAGGUUGCUAAGUCUUUCGCCAUCGUACGACCACCUGGGCACCAUGCAGAGCCAGAAGAGCACUCUGGCUUCUGCUUCCUGAACAACGUUGCUGUGGCUGCACGCGUCGUUCAACAGGCCACGAAUAUCAAGAAAAUAAUGAUUCUAGAUUGGGAUAUUCACCAUGGAAACGGCACACACAGGGCAUUCAUUGACGACCCAUCCGUGCUAUACAUCUCCUUGCACCGGUAUGACGGGGGCGUGUUCUACCCGGGAGGGACUUUGGGUGGGAUGUCGUCGUGCGGUGAAGGUGCCGGACUUGGAUACUCAGUGAACAUCCCCUGGCCCCAAGCCGGCAUGACGGACGCCGACUAUAUCCACGCCUUCCAGCGCAUAGUCAUGCCCAUAGCGAUGGAGUUCGCACCCGAGCUUGUCAUCAUUUCCGCCGGCUUCGAUGCCGCAGACGGCGACACGCUGGGCGAAUGCCACGUCUCGCCCGCGGGGUAUUCCCACAUGACCCAUAUGCUCGCCAGCCUUGCGGGUGGCAAGCUUGUUGUAGCGCUUGAGGGCGGCUAUAACCUCGACUCCAUCUCUGCCUCGGCAGACGCCGUCGCGCACGUUAUCCUGGGCGGCGCACCGGACGUGCUCAACCGUAUGGUCGCGACGGAGGUGGGCACGGAGACGGUCUACUUGGUCGCGCAGGAGCAGAGCAAGUACUGGAAGAAUGUGGACCCUAAGGCGUGUCUUCCGAAAGAAGGCGAGUUGAAAAUCGAGGACCUGGCACACACAAUACCCGAUCUCCUGAAAGCCCACCGCCAAUACUACCUGUACACCGAACACGACAUGAUGUCUAUACCCCUGCUUCCCGAGGUCGAGCAGACGUUCUCUUCGCAAAUUAUGUGCACGUCAGACAUCUUCGAAAAGGAUACCAUGAUUGUUCUCGUUCAUGAAUUCGGCAACCUCCGAACGGAAUUACAGAACCUCAUGACGUGCGACCUCAACAUAGAAAAGUCCUACCUCGUAGAUUUCGCCAAGCAGAUCAUGAGCUGGGUGAGGUCGAUGGGCUACUCGCUUAUCGACAUCAACCUAUAUCCGAAAGCCAACGCACCUCCGACUGCGCCGAUGCACAAGCGAUAUCACUACAAAGCGCGGGAUGACCUCGAGCGCAACGUAAUCUGCUACGUCUGGGAUAACUUCAUCCAGCUAUCUGGGGCCAAACACGUCGUGCUCAUUGGACACGGUCCUGGAUGCAAAACCCUCGUAGAUAUGAUGGAGAUGCGCGCGGCCGGAAUCAAGCGCCUCGUCAGGGCCCUGGUGCAGGUCGUCGGCACCUCUCCUUCGCUCACGGUGCCCAACGCGGACGACCCGCAGCUCAUAGAGUGGUAUGGGGAGCACUCGCUGGCUGUCCUGUCCUCUGCGCACCCGGAUCUGCGACCAAAUAUUAAGAGGAAGUUCAAGCGCUUGGGACCUUAUUGUGCGAUCGACGACCCUCAAUCAUACAGAGUGAUCAUGACGGCGUUUCCGGAGAUCAAGUCGUUUAUCAGGGAACAGCUGCAGGCGCUGGAUUCACCCGUGGCUGGGACGUCGAACGGGACAUAGUAGUAGACAACAAUUUCCCAUAUAGAUGUUCGCGAGGCAGCUCAGCUCACAUAUACAGUUACUUGCGCUGCCCAAUGCAGCUUUUCUUGGACCCAUUGCAUGAUGCGUCUACGAGUACCACAGGUCCCACCUCACAAGCUCCUCGUAGUGUCGCAAGAGGAUCGCGACCUCGUUCAUCUUGAGGAAGCGGUUCAUAUAGAGGACCUGUAGAGCAGCGUCAGCCAUGAACAUCUUUCGAAGCAGCACGUUUGUACGCUUAGCGAGCAAACGAAUAGUCUUACCAAGAGCAGGUUCCGCAGUGCGGCCCAUCCCGCGGCCUUGUGAAUCAUGCGCCAGUGCUCGUCU